AUGUCACCACAGCUGAUGGUUCAUUUGAUGGCUACAUGGCUCACUUUCACCGUGUUGGUGCUCGUAUGUGUGCUACAGCCAUUAGCAGUAUGUGCCUCGAGAGUGCCGCUUGCGGAGGGGAUACCCAAAGACUCGUUAGCGCUCUUGGGGAAUUUGCACUAUGAUGCUCUCUUUGGCAGACCGGGCGGGUACGGCGUGUGCAAUCAAGGUCAGAUAUCUAUGGUGACUCCUGGCUGUGAUUCACCUCUAACGCUGAUCAAAUCCGUUAUGGAUGAUAUAAAUAACUGCAGAGGUAUGAUUACAUUGAUUACCGGUAGUUUGUUUCGUCACGGCGCAGAAUUCCUCACCUCACGUGAGAUUGAAUACAUGAUGAGGGAUGUGUUAGAGGUGAUCGCCCAAAACGGAACCUCAAACAACGCCGAUAAAGACUAUGACCUCGGCCAUUCAACACAGCUCGCGUUGGGCGAAACAGACUUCAUCCCAGCCAGUUCAUUUACACCUGGCGGAAAACAGGCGCUGUACUUGCAGCUGCUCGGUAUGAUGCUGUCGUAUGAUCUUCUCUCGUCAGAAGAGUAUAGCGCAAUGACCUCUUGCGGCUAUUACUACCGCGAUCUGAGCGGUACCAAACUCCGGAUAAUUUCUUUGAACACCAUGCUUUGGUCUACCGCACUGCGGCCACCUCUUGGUGUGGGUGACGUGGACCCCUGUGGGCAGUUUCCGUUUCUGCAAAACGCCAUUGAGCAGGCUACACAGCGCGGUCGUAAUGUAAUUAUUGUUGGUGACACACCUCCUGUUCUCAACGUGGCAGAUGCUCUGCGCAAGAGGAACGUGCAAGAAGCCACUUAUUUUUGGCGUGAUGACUUCCGUGAGGCAUACUUUCGCAUCAUCGCCACGUACCGCUUCAAAGUCGGGGCGCAGUUUUUCGGUCACACAAAUGUGUUUGGCUUUGUCGCGUCACCUGAACUGGGCCCACCGAUGUACAUCAUCCCCUCUAUUUCCCCAGUGACAGGCAGCAAUCCGUCGUACAUGCGGGCCACAUUAGAUGGCACCACUGGUCGGGUGGUAGCACUGAGGCAACGCUACCUCGACGAAAAUGGUACCUGGGUUGAAGGUGAAAGCCUGGAGGACGCUAUUAAUGUUUCACUUAGAGGCAUGGGUGAGUACUUCCCAAAGGACUACUUAUUGCUUGCAGAAAGCGAGGCGCGUUGGGAGAAUAUGGCGGCGAUGCGUGUUGGUGGCCGUUUUUUGACGGAAAGGGAACCGUGCGAUAUUUGGUGUCGUCGUGUCAUUGCAUGCUCCUCUCUAUACUAUGAACGUGAUGCGAUUGAUCGCUGUGCCUCAAUUCAGUCACCAUCGCAAAAACUCGGGCUUGUUUUGGCAAUUGUUUUUACUUGUUUUGGUGUUAUCUUGGUUUGUUCGGCAUUUGCUUACGUGCUGAUACACUUUAGUAUUAUAUUCGACCCACCGGUCGUUCUGGGAACGGGAAAAGGACGGCGAAGAUUGUUCU